GUCGUCAACGCGAAGACAUCUAGCCGUCGUGAAAUGAAUUCUAAAUAAUGACUGUCAUGGUGGAAUCCGUGAAAAUCGAGGAGGGCGAACGUCCGAAGAUCACGGCCUUCGACGACAUCCUACCGUACGUUGGCGAGGCCAGCCGCUACCAAUGGUUCCUCUUCGUCCUGCUGUUGCCCUUCACAUUCGUCUACGCGUUCCUCUACUUCACGCAGUUCUUCAUCACCCUGCUGCCCGCCGAGCACUGGUGCACCGUGCCGGACCUCGAAGGUUGGAACCUCACGGAUCAUGAAAAGAUCAGCUUAUCGAUACCUCCGGCGUCUACGGAAGAGUUAAAGGUCGAGGGCGCCACGUUGUUCUCGCGAUGCAAUAUGUACGAUGUAAACUACCAGGACAUACUGGCGAACGGGGUCAGGAUGGCGGAUCCAUCCUGGCCGAUUAAACCGUGUCAAAAUGGAUGGUCUUUCAAUCACACGAUGAUACCGUACAAGUCUAUAGCCGUCGAGUUGGAAUGGGUCUGUGAUGACGCUUACCUGGGCUCCGCGGCCCAAUCGGCGUUCUUCGUGGGCAGCAUCUUUGGCGGUUUGGUGUUCGGUUACAUAGCCGAUCAUUAUGGCAGAAUUCCAGCGCUGGUCGCCUGCAACACUGUCGGUUUCGUUGCGUCCGUGGCCACCGCGUUCUGCAAGAGCUUCUGGAGCUUCUGCUUCGCGAGAAUGAUCGUCGGCACGUCGUUCGACAACUGCUUCAACGUUCUUUUCAUUAUCGUGAUCGAGUACGUUGGCCCGAAAUACCGGACGCUCGUCGCGAACAUGUCGUUCGGGCUUUAUUUCGCGGCAGCCUCGAGUCUUCUGCCGUGGAUCGCCUAUUGGAUCGCCGAUUGGCGAAUUCUGAGCAUCGUGACAGCCUGUCCUAUGGUGGUCGCCUUCGUGGCUCCGUGGAUCGUUCCUGAGAGUGCACGUUGGUACAUCACCAGCGGAAAGAUCGACAAAGCCAUCGGGAUGCUGAAGCACUUCGCGAAGGUGAACGGUAAGGAGGUGAAGCCGGAGAUCUUCGACGAGUUCGAGAAGAGCUGCAAAUCGAUGAUCGAGAAGGACAAGUCGCACAAUCAGUACACCGUUCUCCAUCUCUUCAAGAUGCCACGGCUCGCUCGUAUCACCAUCAUGCUCAUCAUUUAUUGGCUGCUGAUGGUAUGGGUGUUCGACGGCCACGUCUGGAACAUGAAACUUCUGGACCCAGACGUGUUCACGUCCUUUUCUUUGGCCUCACUCACCGAACUUCCCGCUGCCAUUCUGCUCGCCCUCUUUCUGGACAGAUGGGGCAGACGAUGGAUGGGUUUCGCUUCGAUGUUCCUCUGCGGUGUUUUUUCAUUCGUCGCACUCACCACGCCAGCCGGUCCGCCGACGGUCGCUAUGGCGAUCAUAGCUCGUCUCGGAGUCAAUAUCGCCGCGAACAUCGGCUUCCAAUACGCGGCGGAAAUGCUGCCGACUGUGGUGCGAGCGCAGGGCGUCUCCUUGAUCCAUAUCAUUGGCUACCUGGCUCACAUUUUGGGUCCGUACAUCAUUUUCCUGGCUGAUAUCGAUGCGGCUCUACCGCUAGUCACCCUCGGUAUGCUGUCCUUCAUUCACGCUUUCUUGACUCUUGGCUUACCAGAGACCCUAAACCAGGAUUUACCAGAGACCCUUCAAGAAGGCAACGAUUUCGGCAGGGACCAGAGCUUCUGGUGGAUCCCCUGCAUAUCCUCGAGCAAGAAAGUGAAGAAGUCCUACCGGAAGAAGGAAGGUCUCUCGAAUCCCGCGUUCGCCGGCAGCGUUCAGAAGAUCGACUCCACCAGAUUAUAGCGACCGUAUAACAGCGAUUGGACGCGUCAAGCGGUGAAACUUGCCAAAUUCCUUUGUAAAUAUAGUCAUUAAAGUGCGUAUGUGUGAUGUUAGGUGUUAAGGUCCGCUGCGAGCGUGUCGGGAGGUGUUAAGGGGGGAGGUGGAACGCCUUUGGGAAUCGCAGCGAAAGGGGUAAGAACGUUGGGAUUCCGUAUUGAGCACCAUAAAGAACGAUAUAUCGAUCGCAAAACGUGUAUCGAACGUAAACCAAAAAAAAGAAAAGAAACAAGAUACGGUUCUUCGUCAUGCCAGUGACUACAGAUAUAAUAAAACUACGGAUGGCAUUGUUAUCGAUAGGUCAUGGAUUUUGCCUGAGAACCCCAGAGUGAAGUUAGGUCUCUAUCACUAGAUUGCGGAUUUUUAUGCAAAAUGAUAUUUUUUAAAGCAAUUCAUACAGAAAAGAACAAAUGUAGGAAUUUCUUUCUUUUCUGAAGUAUUAUAUUCGGUUCCAAAUAAACCACAGAACUUAUUGGAUCUGAUGAAAGUUUUGUCCUUUAUUGUAUAUUACAGAUCCCUAUAGGCUAUAAAU